GUUUGGCCCAAAAUGGCUGGAGCGAAGCAGAAAUGCGAAUCGACUAUUUUGCCAAGUAUUAUUUGAAAAUGACCUCGUCCGUAGAGUGACCGUGCCGCCUCCAGGUCUCUGGAGAUCCAGGGGGGACUGUGGAGAGUUGGGGGGGGCUGGACCACGACCUAGGAUCCAUCUCAUGACAAAAGAAAAUCAUCAAAUAGCUGGUUCCCAGUGAGUCCAGGCAUUCAAAUGAAGAGUCUUCAGUUCCGCAGCAUUGCCCCCAAGGCCCCAGUCAUUGUGCCUUCCCCAUCUUCUGCAGUCCUAUCCUGCCAGCCUCCCACUGCCCUUCCUGAAGCGAAUAGUGGAGCCAGCCCUAAAUCCAUCGUUGUGCCGACUCAAAACUAUGCACUGAUGCAAAUUGCUGGUCAGGAUGGCACAUUCUCUCUGGUGGCACUGCCCCCUUCUGUCUCCUCUCAGACAACACAGCAGCAACAUCCCCAAACCCAGUCCAUCCAAAAGAAUCUUAAACUGCCCAUACCUAGAUACAAGCCUCUACGGAGAAUAGGGACCACAGAUAAGGGUAGAUCACCACCAACAGCUCUUAGGGUGAAAGCUGCUUCUAGGGCUGCUGGGACCCAGACAAAAACGCGAGUGAGAAGCACGUCGGCAUUGAUCAAGAAAGGGAGAGUCGAGUGCGCAGUCACUCAAACGCAAAAGUCAAAAGAGGAAGCGUCAGAACACAUCAUGUUUAUCGACCCAGCGCAUUCUGAAAUCUCUGUCCCUGCUCUUUUGCCAGACAAUGCUGUCCUUUACCCGGGUGCCCAAUUAGAACAAGCCUCAGUUGAAGGUGAUCAAUCCGCAACGACAGGCGGUACUCAAAAUCCACCCCUGCCUACUCCUCUCCCAGCUGCUCUCAAAGCUUCCCCAGGAAAAUCCAAGGAGCAAAGUGGCACUAAGACCAAGAUGUGCCAAUCUAAGACUGCAUCAGCUCAGCCUCCAAACAGCAUCACUGUUAUUUCUCCAGCCAUCUUCAGUAAAGCACUGCAGAUUAUCCCUUCCCCUCCCAAGGGUAAACUCCCCAUUCUUCCCUACUCUACAAUGAAGACCACACUCAUUCCAGCUGCCAAGCUCAAUUUGUCCCAAAAUAAGAAGGAUUGCUUAAGCCAAUCAGGUCCCAUGAGCCCCGAAGACCUUACGUCCCCGAUCCGUGAAACUUCUCAAGCUCUGGGUUGUAACCAGAUGCCCAAUGCAGCUCAUCAGCCUCAGAAUAAGAACGCCCUCAUCUCGGUGUUGGAAAAUCAUCAGAAGCCGCCAGGAAAGAAGAGAGGAAGAAAGAGAAAGACAAUGGAAGACAUCUUAGCAUAUGAAGCCCGAAAGAAGAGGUCAUUGUCCUUUUUUCGUCGGAGGGUCCCGGAAAAACCAGCAAUAGUCAUUUCAGGUUCCAAGCAAAAAGAGGUUGACAUUUCAAAGAAGUACCGUAGCAUUCAGCCCAAACCAGUGUUGGUGAUGGAGGCACUUCCUCAGCUACUUAGCCUGCCUGCUAGUACUUCAGAUGGUCAAGAACCGGACCACGUACCGAGUCACCAGCUCCCUACUUCCGCUGCAGCUAAGGACCUAGAUUGUUCUCCCCAACAUCUCCCAGUCACUGUCCAUCUGAGUGGCAUGUCCCAUUCCAGAAUUCUUGGAGCUAGCCGCGCUAGCCAUCGUUGCCCCACAUGCAGCCGCUGCUUCCAGUUCAAGCAUAACCUCCAGAGCCACAUGAACCUUCACACCAACAGUCGACCGUACGUCUGCCCGGUGAGCCGCAAAGCCUAUGCGCAUUCUGGCAGCCUGAGCAGCCACAUGAAGCUUCACCAUUCUGAGGCUCCAUCUCGUAGGUCUCUGCACUGCGAGUUCUGCGAGAAGGCCUUUGGCUAUGUGGGUGUGUAUUUCAGUCAUCUGCGAGAGGUGCACAAGGUCUUGCUUACAGUGGAGCCAUCCAUUCGUCGACAUGAGGUGGACACGACUGUUGAGUGCGACAACUCCGAAGCAUCAGAUGAGCCGGAUCUUGAGGAAUCUGUCGAGCUGCAGAUUAAAUGCGGCCGCUGCCAAGUGGUCACUCUUAAUUUUGCCGACAUGAAGAUGCACCUUCUGUGUGUUCACGGGGAGGAGGUCCUGCUCCAACCUCGAGGGGAUCAACAUACUUUGGGCGGUCUGAAGGCCGAGAAAGAGCUGGUAAAACACGCCGCACAUUACUGGCGGCAGCUCAACAAGAAGCGUAACCCGGUCAAGUGUGGCAACUGCGAUGAGGAGUUCUUCUCUUUUGCGAAACUGAAGAGGCACAUGAUGCUCCACCACUGUGGAAGUGAAGGGGAGGACCACAAGAGUGUCCCAACAUCAGCAACUGUUGGGUGCCUUGGGGUACUUGCAGCAGGUUGUUCCUUCAACUGUGUACUUUGUAGCAAGGUGUUGGAUACGAAAGAAGAGGUUCUGCAGCACUGGAGGGGUCACCACCACUGUGAGCAACCAAAUUUACUGUGGGAUGCACUGAGCUCCUACUCCGGCCUGGAAGUUGAUGAGACCCACAGGGAUCUGGACACUCCGGUUCCAAGUCCACAUUAGCCUCCCGCCCCUGGCCCUACCCUUCAAAUGGCCACAGAGCUCAUUGACUGGAGCGUCAUAUUCACUCACUUGUAACUGUUAGCAAGGCAGGGAUUUCUUCUUUCUCUCAUGUUUCACAACUACUCCCAUUCUUCGGGGGCGGGGUGGAAAAAUUAUGGCAUCCAGUCGCAUUUGGUUAAAAAAGUUUGACUUUAUCAAUAUUAAUUCAAAGAUUCCACAUUUAUAAACAACAAUCUUGUUCAGUUUGUAUGUUGCACUGUUUUUGUUUUGUUUUUCAAAUGUAAUUUAAUGCUUAUUUAAAUAUUGUUUGAAUUUCAAAAGAUCUAUCAUCCCAGUAAAUAUAUGUAGUGGUAGCCAUGAAUUUAAUCUUUGUCCGGCUUGUCUGGGACUUCAACGCUUUUUCAGUCACAAAAUGAAAAUACUUGUAGAUCUCUGAGUAGUCAUAUGACAGCACCUUAGUCCACAAAAGGGUCUGGGUUAUUCUGUGGGUUAAUUCAGGAAAACAGGACUUUAUUUUAUAUUUUUUUAAACCCUGGACAUUUACAUAAUCGCAAACCAACCCAAAACUCUCUGCAUGGUGUUAGCGCCCUCAAUUGGGUAAGUGUUCAUUUUUUAUUUUUGUCGUUUGUAUAAACAGACUGUAGCUAAGAGAUUAUCUACAACGAAAGACCAUUUAAGAUGUUAGUCUCGGAUUCAUAAAGCUAAAUAUACGGAAUUUAUAUAUUGUUACUGUAAUAAAAAAUGGGCGGUAUUUAGGGUUGUACGCAGGAGUAUUUGGGCAACACUUCAGUUGGGGGAAAAAAAUAGUGAUUUACAACAAUUGUGUUGAAAUUUUAAUGAUAGUCGUUGCAAUGUAACAGCAGGAUGAUUUCAAUUGAUUCGAUAAUACAAAGUAUUGAUGAAAAUAUUUCUGGUUUGACAUGUUAACCUGACAUUGAGGUCUUCAUCAUCAACAAACCUUUGCACAUUAAAGUGAUGAUGCCCGUCUCAUUGUGCCAAAAUAUGUUUUGCUGAAAUUUGAAAGUACUGAAACUUGACAAGCCUCAUGCAACUUAUGCUAUUGUGACUUUUUCCCAACUUUAUUACUACUGUAUAUGGAUUUGUUCUUAUAUUGACAUACAUCGAGUGACAUUUCAACUUAAAAAUAAAAAUCUCCCGUAUGUCUCAAAUACUCCUCCGUAGGGUCAACUUGAACCCAACGACACACCUGACCAGCACUCCUGUGACUGCCUUGUGGCCUUGAAAAGAAAAAUUUAACUCGCAUGUGUUCCGUGGCUUCAGUUUGGUGGCCGCGACUUCUUUACUUGUCGAUUGCCAAUGAGUGUAUUCUGUGAACAUGCCAAGGUUCUCGUCACAUAAGUGAUUGUACAUUAGCGUUUCAGCUUUUAACCACUGACACGAUCCUUUGUUUUAACUCGUAAAUGUUGCCAGCUUACGUAUGCACCUGAGGAAAUCUAUUGACUCUGUUCUCUAAAGUUUAUGUACUGUUGUCCAGAAAAAUAUGCUAUUUUAUACUAGAUCCACAGGUCUUUUUCGUAUGGUCGUUAAAUGAGGUGCCGUCGAGACGUUUCUCUUCUUCAAGUCUGGUUUCUUUGUGGGACUUGAGUUUUUCAUAUGAAAAGAACAAAAAAACAGACAGGGUCAAAUGAAUGUACGUAAAUGUUAAAAGAAAUAAUUCUAGUAUCAAUAUAUAUGAUGUCAUCUAUAGAUACAAUAUAUUGUGAAAAUUCUAAAUAUAUAUAUUUACGAAUACAUUUAGAUUUGCUGCUGUUUAGUCACAACAAAACACAAAGUUGUCCUCAUAGAGAGUGUGUGUGUGUGUGUGUGUGU